AUGGUACUCACCGAACUGGAUGAGAGUCUUGGAAAGAUUGACCACGACUACAAGAGAUUAUCUAAACUGGUGCCCUAUUCAGGUCUCAUCCUCACGAUCUGCUGCGUGGUUGUCUUCCUUGUGCGAGUUUAUAUCCUCGAACCUCUCGUGAUCCGCUUCACAAAACAGUACAAGCACCUUGAUCAGGCACAACGAAGGAGCUUUAUCAACCAUUAUGUGGCCGCUACCAUCAAGCUGACUUUGAUCGUCGUUGCUGUCUAUCCUGCGAUCGUCGUUCUGUCUGGACACAGGAGCUUACAGUCCUCCUUCGGCAGCCGAAAUGUCACCUAUGGUGAUGUCCUUGUAUGCGUUUUUGAGCUGUUCACCUCAAUGUACAUCUUUGAGUUGUUCUACCGGGAAAAAGUCAGCUAUAUUAGUGCUGCUCAUCACAUCGGCGCUGUAAUCAUCACGCAAACAGCCACUGUGCUCUUCCAAGAUCCGAAACAUAGACGGGAUGCCGAGCUUGAAUUUAUGCUCUGUUUACUCUGCGGAAUCUUCGAUAUUCUCGCCGAGUUGUGGCCACAUCUAGCUGUCAUUACCUAUCGCACUUGGCCUAAGAAACACGUGCUGCUCGCAGAUAUCUUUCUUGCAACUGCAAUCCUCGAGGUCAUCGGUACCGUGGUCGAAAUCAUAACUGUGUUCUCGAUCUUCUUCUCGGUGUGGAAAGAGUGGACGCUGGACUUCAAAAUUUUGACGCCAACUUUACACUUGUUGUUCAGCUGCGCACAGCUUUGGGGCGCAAGAGUAUUCUGGCUCAUGUCGCAGCAACACCGCAAAGCUGCUGAUGACGCUCUCGCAGAAAGAUCUGAGCCAAAGGAUGCAGAACCAGGAAGUUACGAUAGCAGACCUGGAGAAUACCGAGCAGAUGGUUUGAAUCAAGAUGACUCUGAUCAAGAGAACACAAUCAUAUAG